AUGAAGAAUCUUGCAGGUAAAGUUGCUGUAAUUACUGGUGGAGGCAGUGGUAUUGGCAAAGCACUCGCGAUCCAGCUUGCACAGAAGGGAAUGAAAGUCGUUAUUGCUUCCACGAACAACGAAAAACUGCAAGCUGCGGCUGAAGAAAUCAAGAGAGCAGGAGCAAAAGAUGUUCUCACGGUAAACACUGACGUCUCGAAACGAGAUUCUGUCGUGAAUUUAUACGAAACAGUGAAAAAAGCUUUCGGGUCUGCAGACUUGCUAGUCUGUAAUGCUGGAGUGACCACAAGUGGCCCUUACGAUCAGCAUCACGAGCAAGACUGGGCUUGGGUCUACGACGUUGUCCUGUACGGGACUGCUUACUGCAUUCAAUUAUUCUACCCUGAUCUAAUUGCAAAACAAUCCGGUCAUAUAGUGCUUGUGGGCUCGCAAGCAGGGAUGGUUCCAAACUGGUUCACAUUGCAUGGGCCUUACACAUCAGCUAAGAGUGCAGUGAUGGCCUUGGGGGCGGCUUUGCGACCCGAAGCUGCAGAAUAUAAUGUUGGUGUCAGCAAUGUGAUUGUAGCCGGCACAAUGACAGAGAUCAUGAAAUCAGAAAGAAGCCGACCUAAGGAUUACGGUGAGCCAUUAGCAUAUCCCAUGCCAAAGAGAGAAGCCCGACGGAUUCCUGCAAGUGAUACAGCUUCAAUGAUUAUGAAAGGCAUUGAGGAAAAUAAAGAAUGGAUUGCGACCCAUCCCGAGCUCAAGUCGCUUACUAAAAACUACUUUGAUAGCAUUCUCUCAGCUUACGACCAUUGACUCGAAACAACUCUAGUUUUCAGUCUUUCUCUGAAAUGACGAGAUGGUCUUGGCUAAGCAUUAUUGCGAUUGGAUGUUGUAAGAAUAGUUUCUCAUCAGCUAUUGACAUAUUAGUUGUGGGUUUAAAU